UAUCGAACCUAAAACACAUCGCUGUUCAAUGUCAUAACAUAACCUCGAGCCGCAACAAUUAAAUUACAAGAUUCUAGAAGAAACUUAAGGGCCUGCAAACAUGCUUAGGUUAAGUCGUGUAAAUCAGUUGCGUGCAUCGUAUAUACGAUUUAUGGCCGCGCAGCCUCAAGCAGAAUCCCAAGCAUCGUCUGGGACAAAUAAUGAAUACACUUCCCAGCCUGAGUAUCCACCAAUUCGGGAUCUCACAUACAAGGCGCUUAAGCGCAGAGCAGCCAGUGAUUGGCAUGAAGAAAUUCGUCAAGUGGCGACAGUAGAAGAAAAAAUCAUCAAAGUAAAUAUGCCUCGUUAUUAUGGAUACAAAGUGGUCGACUUCAACGACAACAAAAUUCCAUACAACGCAUUACCAGUCACGCAACAUUACACGCGUACAGUACUAGAAGAGUUGCCACUACCAACUGCCAAUGAAUACGAGCAGACGGAAUUAAGUUCAGAUGAUAUUCUAAAAAAAGCCCGAAAUGAUAUUAUUGACGCUCUAGAACUGGCACACGACUUCUAUAACCACAAAGCGACGUUACCCGACAUUGUGCCCUCUGAUUCUGUUUCCCGCGAAUUCCAGCUGACGCAAAUUAUUGUAGAGCAGGUUAACAGAGCCUUACAGCAGGUCCUCAGCGCUGAUUAUCCGCAUCUAAAUGAUGUCGAGGUGGACUACAAUCCACGCCACGAGGCCUUCUGGGCAGUUGGCGGGGUGGAUCCUCCAAAAAAUGUGGAAAAGUCAAAAAAAGGUCGGGGCUGGCAAAAAGACGAUGCUAGUGAAAGCUUCGAUAGAUUGGUCCAAUAUACCGGGGCUCCUUACUUGGCGCUGCGUCAUCGUCAGCAGCUGUGCCCGUGGAUGACAGAAGGGGAAAGUGAAAAUAUGGACCUAGCCCGACAGCUACCACGAUUUAACCAUGAUGCCCGUACUUUGGGCUACACAACCACGUACCAGCAUGCAGUCAAUGUCCCAGGCUAUUGGCCCAGUGCUAACGGGGCCAACUUUGGAUUAAUCUCGUUUCAAUCGCGGGCUUUCCUCCAGAUGCGUCAUAAGGCAUAUGGGGACUGCGACUUGCAAGAAGCGCUUAAUGCACUGGCUAUAAAGUCCUCAUACGCAUGGCUAUUAGCGCAGGCCAAUUACAACGGCUUCAAUACAUAUAACGAUCUCACUUACCCUAUGAAUACCCAAACUGUGAUCACAAAUGGUCGAGAAUGGAGUUUCUACGAGUACCAACUAAACACGUUGCUUCUGCAUGGCAACCAAGUAGACGAAAAUCCCCGAGUGAACUGCUGUCGAGGUACACCGCCUCUUCCGCUCUACGCCGAGAUAUCAGAAAAGGGAAAGUGUGUGGACUUCAAUGAUGCUACGCUGAAGCAGCUGCUCCGAUUGUAUACAAACGUCCCAAAGGUCGAGCGCGCAGCCAACGAGCUCCACCCGUAUGUGACUGCUCGCACCUCUGACUAUGAGAAUACGCACCAGCGCGAUUUUAUUGACAAAACUUUUAAGCAUUUGUGUUCCAAGCGACCCCGUCAUCUUCAGCUGCCCGAGAUCUACUUGUGGGAGAAGUUAUACAAGAUAGACCAUAAGACUCGCGCCAUGGAGGCAAAACGACGCUUCUUUGAGCUGGACAUAAACCCUUGGCGUCGAACACUUGAAAAACACGACAAAGAGUAUGUACCGCGGGCGGUGAGACCGGGCGGCCGUAAGAAUCGUGAAGACCGCUUUAAGAAAACUUUCUACCCCUAAGUGUUCCAAAAAAUCGUUUUCUUUUUUGUAAUAAAUAAAAUGAGUUUUGUUAUA